CUGGAGGCGGCCGGGGGCUGGAACACGCUGCCCAUCCUGGUGCUGACCUCCAAGGAGCGGGUGAGCCGCCGGGCUGCCAGGCCGAGGAUGGGCGCCGGAGCCAGCGCUGAGGAGAAGCACUCCCGGGAGCUUGAGAAGAAGCUCAAGGAAGAUGCGGAGAAGGAUGCGAGGACCGUCAAGCUGCUGCUGCUGGGAGCAGGGGAGUCAGGAAAGAGCACCAUCGUCAAGCAGAUGAAAAUUAUCCACCAGGAUGGUUACUCACUGGAGGAGUGCCUGGAGUUCAUCGCCAUCAUCUACAGCAACACACUGCAGUCCAUGCUGGCUAUUGUGCGGGCCAUGUCCACACUCAACAUACAAUAUGGUGAUUCGGCCCGCCAGGAUGAUGCCCGCAAGCUGCURCACCUCUCAGACACCAUCGAGGAGGGCACAAUGCCCAAAGAGAUGUCAGAUAUCAUUGGACGGCUCUGGAAGGAUACCGGCAUCCAAGCCUGCUUUGAUCGCGCCUCUGAGUACCAGCUCAAUGACUCAGCUGGCUACUACCUGUCAGACCUGGAGCGUCUGGUGACCCCGGGCUACGUCCCCACGGAGCAGGAUGUGCUGCGCUCCCGGGUCAAAACCACGGGUAUUAUCGAGACCCAGUUCUCCUUCAAAGACCUCAACUUCAGGAUGUUCGAUGUGGGAGGCCAGCGUUCCGAGCGGAAGAAGUGGAUCCACUGCUUUGAGGGGGUAACCUGCAUCAUCUUUAUUGCGGCCCUCAGCGCCUACGACAUGGUCCUGGUGGAAGAUGAUGAAGUGAACCGCAUGCAUGAGAGCCUGCACCUCUUCAACAGCAUCUGCAACCACCGUUACUUYGCCACAACCUCCAUUGUUCUCUUCCUCAACAAGAAGGACGUCUUCCUGGAGAAGAUCAAGAAGGCCCACCUCAGCAUCUGCUUCCCUGACUACGAUGGCCCCAACACCUAUGAGGACGCAGGCAACUACAUCAAGCUGCAGUUCCUGGAGCUGAACAUGCGGCGGGAYGUCAAGGAGAUCUACUCCCACAUGACCUGCGCCACUGAUACCGAGAACGUUAAAUUCGUGUUCGACGCUGUCACCGACAUCAUCAUCAAGGAGAACCUCAAGGACUGUGGCCUCUUCUGAGCUCYGGUCCCAGUGCUUCCCUCCCUGGCCCAGGUCCACCUCCUCCCUUGGGCUCCCCGCUUGUCCCCAGUUACCUCCACUUGCCCACAAACCCCAGCAAAGAGUCCUUUG